AUGGAAUAUCUUUUGCUAAUCUUAUCUUUCCUCGUUCUCUUCAUCAUUUCUCUAAAAUGUUUGCUUGGUAAAUGGGGAAGCAAGUUUAACCUACCUCCAAGUCCGGCGUGGUCCCUGCCGGUGAUUGGACACCUCCACCUCCUCAAACCGCCGCUUCACCGGACACUACACUCUCUUUCUCAAUCCCUCGGUGGGGCUCCAAUUUUCCGCCUUCGCCUUGGCAACCGUGUUGCGUUUGUCGUUUCCACCUUCUCCCUAGCCGAAGAAUGCUUUACCAAAAACGACAUCGUUUUGCUAAUCUUAUCUUUCCUCGUUCUCUUCAUCAUUUCUCUAAAAUGUUUGCUUGGUAAAUGGGGAAGCAAGUUUAACCUACCUCCAAGUCCGGCGUGGUCCCUGCCGGUGAUUGGACACCUCCACCUCCUCAAACCGCCGCUUCACCGGACACUACACUCUCUUUCUCAAUCCCUCGGUGGGGCUCCAAUUUUCCGCCUUCGCCUUGGCAACCGUGUUGCGUUUGUCGUCUCCACCUUCUCCCUAGCCGAAGAAUGCUUUACCAAAAACGACAUCGUUAUGGCGGAUCGACCGAAAUUCACUUUCGGAAGACUCGUUGAGUACAACUGCACCACCAUGGCCACUACGUCUUAUGGUGACCACUGGCGGAAUCUACGCCGUAUUGGCGCCAUCGAGAUCUUCUCGUCUCUUAGACUCGAUAGCUUCUUGUCCAUACGGUUUGCAAAGGUGGAGUUAAGAUCAUUGUUUGGGAACUUCAACAUCAAUAACAUCCUCAGGAUGAUAGCAGGAAAACGAUUCUACGGAGAUGGAGCAGAGCAAGACGACGAAGCAAAACGCGUGAGGCAGUUGCUUGACGAAGCUGUAUCAAGUGCCGGUGUCGGACAUGCUUCUGACUAUGUUCCGAUCCUGCGUUGGUUUACUAGUUAUGAGAGAGGAGUCAAGAAGUUGGCGGUUCGGGUCGAUGAGUUUCUUCAAGGACUUGUUGAUGAGAAACGUGCACAAAAAGAAAAGGGUAACACUAUGAUUGACCACUUGCUUGCUCUUCAAGAAACUGAACCUGAUUAUUACACUGAUGUCACCGUCAAAGGACUCAUAGUUGUUAUGAUCUUCGCUGGAAAUGUAACAUUAACAAGAACGUUAGAAUGGGCGAUGCUGAAUUUGUUGAACCAUCCAGAAGUGUUAAAGAAAGCGAGGAACGAAAUCGACACCAAAAUCGGUUUAGACCGGUUAAUAGAUGAACCGGAGGCUAAGAAUCUUCCUUACCUACAAUGCAUCAUAUCAGAGAUUUUUCGACUUUACCCGGCAGCUCCGUUACUUGCUCCACAUAGGGCAAUGGAAGAUUGCAUUGUUGGAGGCUACGACUUCCCUCGUGGCACGACGUUGAUCCCAAACGUAUGGGCCAUUCACCGAGACCCAAAUGUGUGGGAAGAGCCAGAAAAGUUCAAACCAGAGCGGUUCGAGAAGAAAGGAGAAGAUCAAAAGUUGAUGCCGUUUGGGAUGGGACGUCGAGCUUGUCCCGGGUCGGGGCUAGCUCAACGUGUAGUGAGUUUGGCUUUAGGAUCGUUGGUUCAGUGUUUUGAAUGGGAGAGAGUUGGAGAAGAAUAUGUGGACAUUAGUGAAGCAACUACAAUGCGUCCAGCGACACCGUUACUUGCCAUGUGUAAGGCUCGUCCUAUAGUCCGUAAAUUCUCAAUGCUUCUUUUUGAAAAUGUAACUCCCUAA